AUGGCCAACCACCGUUCCUGCUUGCCAGCCACCGUUUCUGCCCGUGUUCCUGCCAGCGAGCCAGUGCCAGCAUUCCUGCCAUUCUCCCUGCCAGCCUUCCUGAUAGCUGGCCAGCAUUCCUGCCGGUCUGCCAGCAUUCCUGCCAGUGUUCCUGCCAGCCACUUAGCAUUCCUGCCAGCGAGCAAGCAUUCCUGCCAGUGUCCCGCCAGCGUUCCUGCCAGCACUCCUGCCAGCCAUGCAUCAUUCCUGCCGGCCAGCCAGCGUUCCUGCAAGCGUUCCUGCCAGCCAGCCACCAUUCCUGCCAGCUUUCCUGAUAGCCAGCCAUGGUUCCUGUUGGCCAGCCACCGUUCCUGCUUGCCAGCCACCGUUCCUGCCAGUGUUGCUGCCAGCCAGCCAGCGUUCCUGCCAGGCAGCCAACUUUCCUGCUGGCCAGCCAGCAUUCCUGCCAGCGUUCCUGCCAACGUUCCUGCCAGCGUUCCUGCCAGCCAGCCAACAUUCCUGCCCACCAGGAAGCAUACCUGCCAGUGUUCCUGCCAGCGUUCCAGCCACCACUCCUGCCAGCCAGGCAGCAUUCCUGCCGGACACCAAGCGUUCCUGCCAGGGUUCCUGCCAGUGUUCCUGCCUGCCAGCCAGCGUUCCUGCCAGGCAGUCAGCGUUCCUCGUGGCCAGCCAGCGUUCCUGCCAGCGUUCUUGCCAGCCAACCAGCAUUCCUGCCGGCCAGCAAGCAUUCCUGCCAGUGUUCCAGCCAGCGUUCCUGCCAGCAUUCCUGCCGGCCAGCCAGCGUUCCUGCCAGCUUCCUGCCAGCCAGCCAGCGCUCCUGCCAGCCAGCCAGUAUUCCUGCCAGCGUACCUGCCAGGCAGUCAGCGUUCCUGGCUUUCAGCCAGCGUUCCUGCCAGUGUUCCUGCCAGCCAGUCAGUAUCCUCCCAGCAGUCCUGCCAGCGUUCCUGCCAGUGUUCCUGGCAUCCACCCAGCGCUCCUGCCAGCCAGCCUGUAUUCCUGCCAGCGUUCCUGCCAGCCAGCCAGCGCUCCUGCCAGCCAUCCAGUAUUCUUGCAAGUGUUCCUGGCAGCCGGCCAGCGCUCCUGCCAGCCAUCCUGUAUUCCUGCCAGCGUUCCUGCCAGCCAGCCAGCGCUCCUGCCAGCCAGCCAGUAUUCCUGCCAGUGUUGCUGCCAGCCAGCAAGCAUUCCUGCCAGUGUUCCUACCAGCGUUCCUGCCAGCACUCCUGCAAGCCAGGCAGCUUUCCUCCUGGCCACACAGCCGUUCCUGCCGGCCAGCCACCGUUCCAGUCAGCAUCCGUGAUAGCCAGCCAACGUUCCUCAUGGCCAACCACCGUUCCUGCUUGCCAGCCACCGUUUCUGCCCGUGUUCCUGCCAGCGAGCCAGUGGUCCUGCCAGCAUUCCUCCCAGCGUUCCAGCCAGCCAGCCAGCAUUCCUGCCCGACAGCCAGCAUUCCUGCCAUUCUCCCUGCCAGCCUUCCUGAUAGCUGGCCAGCAUUCCUGCCGGUCUGCCAGCAUUCCUGCCAGUGUUCCUGCCAGCCACUUAGCAUUCCUGCCAGCGAGCAAGCAUUCCUGCCAGUGUCCCGCCAGCGUUCCUGCCAGCACUCCUGCCAGCCAUGCAUCAUUCCUGCCGGCCAGCCAGCGUUCCUGCAAGCGUUCCUGCCAGCCAGCCACCAUUCCUGCCAGCUUUCCUGAUAGCCAGCCAUGGUUCCUGUUGGCCAGCCACCGUUCCUGCUUGCCAGCCACCGUUCCUGCCAGUGUUGCUGCCAGCCAGCCAGCGUUCCUGCCAGGCAGCCAACUUUCCUGCUGGCCAGCCAGCAUUCCUGCCAGCGUUCCUGCCAACGUUCCUGCCAGCGUUCCUGCCAGCCAGCCAACAUUCCUGCCCACCAGGAAGCAUACCUGCCAGUGUUCCUGCCAGCGUUCCAGCCACCACUCCUGCCAGCCAGGCAGCAUUCCUGCCGGACACCAAGCGUUCCUGCCAGGGUUCCUGCCAGUGUUCCUGCCAGCCAGAUAG